AUGUAUCGGCUUCCGGUGUUGCGCUAUCGGCACCAUCGGCCUAUGGCAACGGUGCCGAUGCCGGUGCCCCUAGGACUGGCAAAGCGAAAAAAAAAGAAUCCCAUCGGGGCCGGUCGCCUUGCCCACCUUCAGCUUCCCUAUCAUAUUCUCGAUCAUCUCCUCGGUGAUGGAAAUAUCCUCGAUGCGAGCGGAGGUCACCUCCUCCAGAGUCGGUGCCGAGUCGGAUUCGACAGUGAAAACGGACGCGAAGAACUCGUUAAGGAAGAACGAGAUGAAGUAGAAUAUACAGUGAAGUAUGUAGACAAUGAUGAUGGAGUCGGUCGAGGUGACGAUGGGUUCGUGAAGAUUGCUGUAGAAAGGCAGGAAGAUGUUGGGGUCGAGUCGGUCCGCGGCCAGCCCCCGGAUGGUCUCAUCGGGCCGCAUGGGCUUCAGAGUCGGCACUCCCGGUCGGGGAAGUCCGUCGGCGGAGUUCUUUCCGCGGUCGUUUGCCGAAGUCGGCGCUUCGCCGUCUGGGAAGUCAUCGCGAGAGUGAAAGUUCCGUACGGAUGGAAAAGACUCGAGAGGACGGGAUCGUCGGCCGGGAGCGAAACGGGAAUCCCGUUAACGAGAGUCCAAGCCGAAUCGAGGUAUUUGGGUUCCGGUACCUUUCUUCGGAUCUUUGCCCUUUUGGCACGAGGAGAAUUGUUGGGAGGCGUCCGAAGUGCAGUGGCAGACGUGAGGUCGGAUGCAACGGACAGAGGCUUGGACGACCUGCCGGGUCCUCGACCUUCCGUGCCGGUCAUCGGCACCAACUGGGUCUAUUGGCUGCCGGGAAAUCAUCCCAAAACGCAGCUACAUCGUGCUUAUCUCGACAGGUACCACGAGUACGGAGCGAUCUCGAAAGAGGAGUUUCAAUGGCGAAGGCCGUUGAUUCACGUCUACGAUCCCGAGGAUUUCGAGAGGGUUCUCCGGAGACAGGGAAAAUGCCCCAUCCGCCCCGUGAACGAAGCCGUGAGACACUUGAGGUCGGAGCAAACCGAUCGAUACGCUUCCGCCGGACUCGUCAACACCCAAGGGGAAGAAUGGUACGAGUUGAGAAAGAAGCUGACCCCAUCGUUGAUGAACGUGAAGGUGAUUCAGCGAUACAUGAAAGGCCAAAACGAGCUCGCCUUAGACUUGACGGAACUCGUCGGAGCGAAUCGAACGCGGAACGACGCCGUCCACGACUUCGAUUCUUUGCUCUUCCGCACGGCCCUCGAAUCGGUGUCGAUGUUGUGUCUCGAUGCUCGGAUCGGAGCCUUGAAAGUGUCUCCUCCUCCCGCGGCCCUGCACCUCCUCGAAGCCGUUCACAGCCUCUGGGAAGCCUAUCAGAAUACUUACUUCGGAACUCAACUUUGGAGAUAUUUUUCCACACCCGCCUACCGACAGUAUUCCCGUGCCGAGGAUACCAUCUACGAGUACAUCGACGAGGCAGAAGCUCGAUUGGAGGAGAAGAAAGGGAAUUCGAGGGAAGAAGGGGAGAAGAGUGUGUUGGAAGAACUUCUCAAUACCCCUCAUAUGGACAAAAGGGACAUUCGAAUGACGAUGAUCGACUUCAUCACUGGUGGCAUCGACACCACUGCCAAUGUGAUGCUCUUUCUUCUGUACCAACUAUCGAAGAAUCAAAGCGUACAGGAGGAACUAUAUAAGGAAAUUCGUCGGGUUCUUCAAGGCCAGGCGAUGACCCCUGAAAGUCUGGCCGAUAUGCACUACUUGAAAGCUUGCGUCAAGGAAGUCUUCAGACUGAUGCCAACCAUACCCAACCUCGUGAGGAUUCUCCCAGAGGACGUCAAUCUCAAAGGCUACUUUAUUCCAGCUGGGAUCCCGAUUUGCUGUCACACUAUGACAGCCUGCCUGCUGCCAGAGAACUUUCCAGAACCACAGAGUUUCAAACCAGAAAGAUGGCUGAACAGGUCGUUUUCUCAUCCAUUUUUGCUUCUCCCCUUUGGCUGGGGUCCGAGGAUGUGCGUCGGAAGGAGAUUUGCUGAGCAAGAGAUAUUCGUCAUCACUGCCAAGUUGAUCGAGAAGUUCAUAUUUCACUACGAUGGAACUCUGACUACUCAUCACAAAUUCCUCAUUGCCCCAAGUGAAAAAGUGACAUUUACCGUGAAGGAAAGACAAGUGUGACUCCCACUCUUCAUUUCGUUCAACUUUCACAUUCCCAAGGGUAACAAAUAAAAUAUGUGACAUAGGGACAUGAAGG